ACCACUUUUUCUGCAGCUUGUUGUUAAUGUGCUCUAUUAUCGAUAAUGGUACUGGAGCGUGUCCCACAACCUAACAAUUAGCCCUCGUCAAACCAACCCAACCACAUGCGGUCCCGGGCAAUUCAGGGAAUAACUUUACUGCCCCUCCAAACAAUUUUAUCAGCCUUCAAUCUUUCGGGGUUGAAUAUUUCGCACUCAGCACCACCACCAACUACGAAAACCGUCGCGCGACAACGGUUUUUUUUUUGUUUUGUUUUUUUCGUCCUUAACAUUUCAAUAUAAUAAUAGGUCGAUAUUACAAGCAGUCAAUAUGGCUGAAUACGAUCUCCUACCCAAGCUUAUUGGGCACCUCGACCGUCAUCUUGUGUUUCCCCUCCUCGAGUUCGCAGCUGGUCAACUCCCUGAAGACGCCGACGAUGCUGCAGUCCUCGCUAUCACCAAGGCCAAAUAUGAACUUCUUAAAACCACCAAUAUGACCGAUUUCGUCGGAAAUUUGAAGGCAGAACUCGAAGGUCUGGACCAACCACCGGCAGAGUUUAACGAUAAGCGACAGAAAGUUAUCUCGCGCCUGGAACAAUUUGAGGAGAGCACCAGCAAGCUUGUUGAUUUGCUGGGCCGCGAAGAUGUUGUUGGGAAUCUGCGCAGCGACAAGGUUGCUAACCUUGAGUUCUUGAAAAACGAUCACGAUGUCACCAUCGAGAUGGUCAACGCGCUCUAUGACUUUGGUAACUUCCAGUACAGCUGUGGCAACUACGCUGCCGCCGCCGACCUCUUAUACCAGUUCCGUGUUCUUUCUACCGAUAAUGACAAGGUUGCUGCUGCAACUUGGGGAAAGUUUGCAUCCGAAAUUCUGACCACGAACUGGGAAGGUAGCGUGGAGGAACUAAACAAGGUUAAGGAGAACAUCGACACGAAGCUCUUUAACAACCCCUUAGCCCAAUUGAGCCAACGUACCUGGCUUAUCCACUGGGCAUUGUUCCCUCUUUUCAACGACGACCACACUCGUGACACGAUCCUGGAUCUUUUCUUCAGCCCCGCUUACAUCAACACCAUCCAGACCAGCUGCCCUUGGAUUCUUCGUUACCUCACCGCCGCCGUUAUCACAGGCCGCAGUCGAGCAAGGAACUCUGGCCAGUACCAGAAGCAGCUGAAGGAUAUCAUUCGUAUCGUUAAGCAAGAGGCCUAUGAGUACAGCGAUCCUGUGACCGACUUUGUGCGAGCGCUUUACAUCGAUUUCGAUUUCGAGGAAGCGCAACGGCAGCUUUCGCUUGCUGAGGAGAUCCUCCGGUCUGACUUCUUCCUUUUCUCGACCGCCGAUGUCUUUGUCGACGCUGCACGACAUCUUAUCUCGGAGAGCUACUGCAAGAUUCACGCUCGUAUCGAUAUCAAGGACUUGAGUGCCCGUCUCGGUCUCGGCGAGGAUGAGGGCGAGAAGUGGAUCGUGAACCUGAUCCGCGAUACCAGAGUCGAUGCCAAGAUUGACUAUAAGGAGGGCACCGUCGUUAUGAAUCACCCGCCGAGCUCUGUUUAUCAGCAAGUCAUCGAGCGAACUAAGGGGGGCUUCUUCCGCACGCAGGUACUCAAUGCAGCCGUCGCAAGAUAGCGUAUUGUGUGAGACAUGAUGAUUACCAAUGGAUACCCAUUAAAAUUAGACAUGAUAAUGCGCGUGCAUGGACCAAAGGCGAGAGCGAGAAGAGCAAAAGGAUCCAUGGGGCUUAUAUCGACGGGCAUGCAUCAACGGCGUUUUGGGGGUUUCUGGUACAGCUAAGUGCACUUGGCGGUAGAUCUGUUAAGGUAGCAUGGAUUUACACAAAAUAGUUGUUUUUAUUCGAAUUCCCUUCCCAGUCGCUCACCGUAUCAGAUGUGAUGUGCUGAAGCUUGGAGACUUCCAAUUACAUAGCACGUAAGGUACCUAGGUAGGUAGGUAAUGUACCUGACGACGUCAUUUGUAUACCACAGUCAAUAACUACUUCCGCUUAACCAGUUUAAACUUCGGCUUAAAACGAAUCUCAAAUCGAUAUUAGGUAUGAUAUAUCACG